GAUCCGCUUUCUUAGCUGAGCUGUGCUGUGUGGCUGGAGUGAACGUUCAAUAAUGAGCGGUGCAGCUUUGGGCCUUGAGAUAGUGUUUGUCUUUUUUCUGGCUUUAUUCCUACUUCAUCGAUAUGGAGACUUUAAGAAACAACAUAGGCUGGUGAUCAUAGCAACGCUGUUGGCCUGGUAUCUCUGCUUUCUUAUUGUGUUUAUACUGCCUCUGGAUGUCAGCACGACUAUAUAUAAUCGCUGCAAACUUGCUGUUAACUCCAGUCCUCCGGAAAGUAAUGGCUCUUACGUUACGCUUGCUCCAAGCAAGCAAAAAUGUUUCAAACCAUGGAGUUAUAUUCCUAAUGGAAUUAUGCCAAUUUUCUGGCGUGUUGUAUAUUGGACAUCACAGUUUUUAACAUGGAUUCUUUUACCCUUCAUGCAAUCGUAUGCUAGAUCAGGAGGGUUCUCCAUUACUGGGAAGAUUAAAACUGCGUUGAUUGAGAAUGCAAUCUAUUACGGCACUUACUUGCUGAUUUUUGGAGCAUUUUUAAUAUAUGUGGCUGUAAACCCCAACUUCAAUUUGCAAUGGAACCAACUUCAGACUAUUGGGAUAGCAGCCGCAAACACUUGGGGUCUCUUUCUUCUCGUGUUGCUUUUGGGUUAUGGUUUGGUGGAAAUUCCCCGCUCUCACUGGAAUGGGGCCAAACGGGGUUAUCUUCUCAUGAAGACCUAUUUCAAAGCUGCUAAACUGAUGACCGAAAAAGCAGAUGCAGAGGAGAAUUUAGAGGAUAUUAUGGAGGAGGUCCGUAAAGUAAACGAAAGUAUCAAGUAUAAUCACCCUUUGAGAAAAUGUGUUGAUACGAUACUGAAAAAGUGUCCUACAGAGUACCAGGAAAGAAUGGGUAGGAACAUGGAUGAUUAUGAAGAUUUUGAUGAAAGACAGAACAGUUAUCCAAGUGAAAAAAGUUUGGUCAAACUUCACAAGCAGGUAAUUUAUUCAGUGCAGAGACAUCGUCGUACACAGGUCCAGUGGCAGAUUCUUUUAGAACAAGCCUUUUAUCUAGAAGAUGUGGCAAAAAAUGAAACCAGCGCAAGUCGCCAGUUUGUUCAUACUUUUCAAUCCCCAGAAUCAGAGAAUAAAAUUUUUCAGUAUUUCUACACACCAACCGUUGAGUGGUACUGGGAAUGUCUUCUACGACCAUGGUUUUACAGGGUUCUUGCAGUUGUUUUGGCCACGUUCUCUGUAAUUGUCGUGUGGUCGGAGUGCACGUUUUUCAGCACAAAACCCGUUUUAUCCCUAUUUGCAGUUUUCAUACAGCUGGCAGAAAAGACAUACAAUUAUAUAUACAUAGAGAUGGCCUGUUUUCUUACCAUCUUCUUCCUAAGUAUCUGUGUUUACUCUACUGUCUUCAGGAUCCGUGUAUUUAACUAUUAUUACUUGGCUUCGCAUCAUCAGACAGAUGCGUACAGUCUCCUUUUCAGUGGAAUGUUAUUUUGCCGUCUUACUCCACCAUUAUGUUUGAAUUUUUUGGGCUUGACCCAUAUGGAUGCAACAAUCUCUCAUAAAAACACUCAGCCAACUGCUUACACAUCAAUAAUGGGAUCUAUGAGAGUGCUAUCCUUCAUUGCAGAUGGAUUCUAUAUAUAUUACCCGAUGCUUGUUGUCAUUCUCUGUAUUGCCACAUACUUCAGUUUAGGAACUCGUUGUUUGAAUCUUCUGGGAUUCCAGCAGUUCAUGGGGGAUAGCGAGAUGACGUCUGAUUUGAUUGAUGAAGGAAAAGAACUAAUCAGAAGAGAGAAAAGAAAGCGUCAAAGACAAGAAGAAGGUGAAAGUCGAAGAAGAGAAUGGAAAGAGCGAUAUGGAAACAGAGAAGAUUCCACUAGAAGCAGAGCUGUCCACACAGACCAAAAAGAGUCCAGCUUCUCAGAGACCAAUGCAAAUAGACCACUAUCAAAGUACACCCGAUCAAAUGGUAGGACUGAGAGAGAUAGAAUAGAACUCCUCCAGGAUGCAGAACCUUUGGAUUUUAAUGCAGACUCAAUUAAUGAUGACCCUCUUGAAUCAGAGUCUGGAAGGUACCAGCCUGGUGGAAGAUACUUGUCAAUGUCUCGAAGCAGAAUAUUUGAUGAUGUCUAAACUCCUCAAAGCUAAAGAAAAUUCAUUGAAAAUCUAUUUCCUACUCAUUGAUUGGGAGGAAAAAAAUUAUGUUUGUGAUAGAUCACUGAACUAGAAAAGACCACUUCCAUUUGAAGAAAGAAUAUGAAGGAACAACUAUAUUUUGGAAAUCCUCCUGUAUGAUAGCUCUACCACUUAUGUCAAGAUUAUGCUCCUUCUAUUGUAGAUACUGUUAUGCAUCAGUGUGGGCUUUUGUGUCAUUACCAAAAGGAGAAAACUAAUCAGUUAAAUUACUACAGAAUAAACUUGAUAAAUGUACCUAAGGCUCAACUUGAAUUGUAACAUGUAAGUUCUAGGAAGAGGAUUUUUUGCAAGGAUUUUUUUUUUUUUCCUAAACAGAUGUUGUGAGAGCAUCUUAAUGCAUCCAAAGUGCAGUUAUAUCAAUUAUUAUAGUAAACACUUCCUACGUUUUUUCUAUUUGAACUUUAUGCCUAGUCCAGAAUCUGGUGAAUUAAAUUAAGGCUUCUGUUGGCUUCAGUGGCCUUUGAAUCGUAUCCUUCAUAAGCAGGAAGUUUGAAUGGCUGGCUGUUCUUCAUAAAAUGUGCUGGCAUAAAUUGUGGAGCAAUGUGUAUCAGUCAUGAAUGGUAAUCUUUUCUUUUCCAAUACUGUAUGCAGAUAAAAGAUUUUAGCAUAUGUAAAUAAUUGAAUAUGGACCACAGUUUCACUAUCACUGUCACAUGAGCAUAUGUGCAAUAGCAAGAAUACGUUAUCCAAGGUAAGAUGCCUGCUUAAGGUUUUUACAGGUAUAAAAGUUGAAAAUGUUAGCACACUAAUGGUUUUGUAGCUGUAAAAGAAAUCUAAUGUGAAAAUUGAAUUAAAUACUGAAACAUUACAAUUUGCACAUGUUUCAGGCACAGUUUCAAAUUUUAGAAUAUUUCUUUAGAAGAAGGGAACUACAUAGCAUGACUAGAUUUGUAAACACUUAGAAUGUCCCGACUGCCCUGGUUGCAUUAUGUAUCUAUUUUUAAGGUGCCUGUAUUUUACAGUAAGUUGUUGCAAAAAGAAUAAAUGCUUAUUUGUUUAAAUGCCAUUCAGAAAUGCCAAUUAUUAGUGGUAUAAAAUACUUUGAAUUAAUUUCAGUGGUGUAGCUAUAUUUUUAAACUAUAGUUAACUGAAUGAAUUUUCAAAUUUAAUCAUAAGGUGAAAGAUGUAGUCAUACUCAUGAUAUCUCAAGAAACUUGAUUAACUUAAAAUGUUGCUUUAUUGCUUUAUUGCAGUUUGUCUUACAUUUUUACCACUUGGGAAUUUUCUUAUGUGGUUAUUGCGAAGUGGUGUUGAAAACUGAAAGAGAAGUAGUUUCUACCAUAAAUUUUUUUUUAUCAUGCUUAACACAGGCAACCCUUUAAGCAGCUAGGAAUGGGUUAUUCUGAAUAUUUCCAUGAAUGAGAUGUUCUACUAAUUCUUAAAAGUAGUCUUUGUUUUCUGAAGUAAGUGUUAAUGGAAUUCUAACUACCUCCUCUGAUUUAGUAAAUUAGUGGUAUUUAGUAUGGUAUUGGUAUUUGUAGGAUAUUGAUCUGCCUAUUUUAGAGCACUGAAUUGUUACUAUGAAGGAGAAAAAGUAGUCUACUCGUGUAGAAAUAAUUGUGUUAAUAAAUGGGCAGACAUUAAGUAACUGUCAGUUCUGUUCUUAGGUGAAUGCAGUGAAUGACAGCCAUGCCCAUGUUUGUCCAAGCACAUGCAAUUUCCAAAAUACCUGCAAGAGGUGGCUUUUCUAGUUUGGGGUUUUUUUGUGUGUUCUAAAAGUUUCAUCAAAAUUUCAUGGCUGCAUCAGGGACUGGAAGCUGAGCAAAUGGGAGACAUUUUUAUGCAGACUGUUUUUUAGCAACAUUAUGGUUAACCUCUUUAAUUUAUAUUAGAUAUAUUGAGAAAAAAAAUCGUGAGUUCAUCCUUAACUGAAUAGGGUUACUCAGUUUAUGUAUAUUUUUGGACAUCCAUGUGAACAUACCUAGACUUGAUGUUUCUGUUUUUAAAACUUGCAGAUAUCUCGCUUGCUUGCCCAAAAGCUUCUUUGUAAAAUUCUUCAGGUGAACUAAGGUGCAAGUUCUUCAUUUAACACUUGAAAUGUUACUACAAAAGGGAUCUAAUUCAGUGCUAAUGGAACAUCACAGAAGCAAUGUUUGUUUUUGUGAAUGCGUGUGAAGUGUCUUACCUAACUGCUGGAGACUUCAGAGCUGGAUGGAGCCUUAGUGGGGCCUGAUUUCUGCUCUCUCAGAAAUGAGGAGAAUGGUUGCUAACAGAAUUUUCAAUGUCAACUUGGUUAGCAUUUGUGUGCGAAAGCUAGCUAGUCCCUGUUGUAAACCCUCUGUAUAAUUUUCAUUGGAAUACAGUAAUUUGAGGGGUUGAUGGUAUAAAUUAAUGGCACUUGAAUUUCAGUUGUUCAUACAGAAAUUCCUGCCUGAUUGUGGUGGGAAUCUACUGACCUUUUUUGAUGCUGCUUUAUAGUAAUGAAGUAACCAAUGGCUCCUUUUGGAAAGCACGGGACGUAGAGCUCCUAAAAAUCUCUUGAGAGGUCUCCCCUGGAUAGUGCUUGGAGUUCCCACCUCUCACAUGUUCCCCGGAUCCUGGGAGUUUAACUAAGGAAUUAGUUAAAGGAAGCCAGGGUUUCACCUAUAGUGUUCAGCGCUGACUAACAGUUACCCUUGCUCUAAUUAAGUGCAAUUUAGUAGGCUAAUUAAUAUAAAGUGUGUUUAAAAUAUAAUUGUGCAUUCCUAUGAAUAUAAAUCUGGGAAAAUUUCAAAAAAGAACUAGAGGGCACAACUAUAAAAGAGCAUUGGAGAAAUAAGGGGUAUGUUUGCACAGCAUUUGCUGUGUACUUGAGCUAGUUUUAAACUAGUUUUGUUAAAUAUUUAUAUAACUAAUGGAGAAUUUGCUUGGAGGUUAAGUGCCUGAUGAUUUACCCCACUUCACGGCUAGAUUGUGGCAACUCUUGCUGAGUUCUUUGCUGCUGUAGCUUUACUCCUAACAGUACCUCAGCUGAAAAAAAGUUAGUUAGCUUUGAUGUGUUUAAGCAGAGACUGCACUGUAGACUAAUGGUGUUCUUGCAACACAUUUGAUGCUCCAGAUUAGGUGACUUAAAAUAUAACAGACUUGCAAGUGUGCUUUUGGAAACUGAAUGUUAGCGUAUUUAUUCUGCCAGUAUAUGGUCAUAUUUAUUUGUAAUUAAAGUGUGUCACUUAUAUCUUUCUUUAUAACUUCACUUCUUGAAUUAUUGAACAGUUAAGGUAUACUUCCAUUUCAUUUUUGUUAUCACACUGUUUCCUCUUAAGCUGUGAACAUGCAAAAAAGUUUAAAAAAAAAAAAAUCCAAGCUUAAUACAAAUGUUUGAAUCUCUUCUUAUCAAAUAUUUAAACCAGUGUAGAGAAUCCAUGCAAAUUGUAAUGGACUUUGAAAAGUGAGGAUGAAAAUGGUAGCUUCUUUCAUACUGUGUCAGCGCUGAGCUGGUUUCUUAAAAUUAUGGGGAAAAAAAGGGAAAAUUAUGGGGAAAAAAAUACUCUAGUCAAACUUGACAGUUCCUGCUAGAUUUGUAGUUCUGUAUUUUCAGGCAUUUAAAAAUAUAUAUAUUCCAAUCUCUUUAUUGGGAAAUGAGUCCUCUGCCUUUUUUUAAAGUAAGGUGCAGCUCUUGGCAGUGAAGUGAAGGAGUCUGUAUAUGAGGGAAAGUAAAAGGUGUUGAAACUUUCUUACUGUGUGCUGGUAGUGACGCUCUGGGAGAACUGUGAGGUAUUUUAUCAUUUAGGUACGAUAAUGUGUUAGAAAACAACCAACUUUAUACUGCUGUAAAUGAUACUACUGGAAAAAUCCCAGUAUAUAAUCUGCCUUUGUUUUGAAAUCAAACCCUUGUAAAAUGAGUUACUGUUAACAGUAUUAAUGGGAAUGGGGGAAAGCUGCUAUCUUUUCAAUAUUUAUUCUUGCUAUUAUAAAACAUAACCAUGACAAUGAUUUUCACAUACAAAGGUUUUAAGAUGGUUACUCUGAUUUACUGUAAUGAUAAUUUGUAUUUCAUUAAAUUUAUCUUGGAAUAUCAUAAAUGUUAUAUAAAAAAUACAUUAUCUUGUUCCAACUUUCAUUGUUGUUAAUAAUUGCUUGCAAUCUGAGGGACAUUUACAAUACCAAAUAGAGAUCACUUUAUGAAGUAAAAUUUGUAUGAGGCCUCUUAAACAAAUCUGAUCUACUCAUUACAGUCAAAUGUAUACAUCUUAAUCAUUAACAAAAACACUGUUUGUGUUAUAUAUAGUCUCCUAGUAUUUAAUUUUUCUUUAAAAUUCAGAAAAUGAUUAAUUUUUACAGAAUAAUUUAUUUGUAAAAUUUAAACUUUUUGAUUUUUUUACAUUCAUUUUCUCUAAUGGGCUCUACAGGUACACGUACUGUUUUACAGCAGUUCUCUGCUAAUAUUAGCUGUGCCUCUAAUUGAGUAGUCUAGUCUGAAGUUAAGACACUCCUACACUAUUUUGUUAUGUUAAUAGGAACUCAGCAUUCCCAGCAAAACAGCACCUUGAACUGGAUCCCUUUUUAAUGUAUUAAUUGCUAUCAUUGAUUAUGUUGCAUUAGAUUUGGUUUCAGUCAUACUGUAAGUCCAGUCAGGUUUAUUCAUGUUUCUGUUAAAAUGCACUCGAAUGUAUUCAUCAGCAUGCUUAUAGUUUAUCUUUUUAUAUUUCAGUUGUAAUGGGCAGGCAAUAAUAAUAUGCAAUUUCAGUUAUUUCUUCAGGAUAACAUUAUUUUUGACAUAUUCCUGUAAAUUAUAACAGUUUGAGAGUGAUAGCUUAGUAUUUCUCUCAAAUUUUAUAGAAAUACUUUAUUUUCUAUAGAAAUACCUUAAAUUUCUAUGGAAGUGUAUGGAAGAUAAGGGAAUUUAUUUGUAAGUAUAGAUUUAGUAAUAGAAGAUGUUCGUUCUCCAGUGUGUAUCAAGGAUAGUAUGUGGGAGUGCUGCUAACGGAUAGACUAGCUUCUUUUGCCUUAUGAUACAAGUAUGUCUGUGCAUAAUACCUUGUUUUGAAAUUCACUGAGUUAUAAAUUUUUCUGUGUAGUGUUCUAAAUUAUUGAUGUACUGGAUAUAUUUUUGAAAUGUAUGUUUAAAUAUGUAGUAAAAGAGUGGGCAUGAAAUAAAUCAUUUCUGCAAUACA